GUUCAUUCUCAUUUACCUGUGCAACUCAAACCCGACUUCGACUGUCUCCCCAAAGCCUCCCUUAAUCCUCUCCCUCUCUCUUUCUCUCUCUGUGUCAUCAGCUAUGUUGAUCUCUCGCUCGUCAAUACUCUCUAAUACCCUACACCUUCGCUUCUUCUCUCAAGCAGCAACCGCUGCGCUUCUCGACGACGCAGCCCUCGCCCCUCUCACCUACCUGGACGGCUUUCCCACUCCCGACCCCAAGUUCGCCGAGACUAUCUACGCCAUCCCUCGCCCUAACUCCGGCAAGAACAUUUCCGCCAAGGAGAGGAAGAAGGGUCGGGUUCCUAGCGUCGUCUUCGAGCAGGAAGACGGCCAACACGGCGGCAACAAGAGGCUUAUUUCCGUGCAAACCAAUCAGAUAAGAAAGUUGGUUAAUCUUCUCGGCCGUUCCUUUUUCCUCUCCAGGCUCUUUGAUCUUCAGGUCCAUUCAGAGUUUGGCUCGGACGAUGUUAUCGAGAAAGUCCGCGUUUUACCCAGAAUGCUUCAUUUGCAUGCGGGCACGGAUGCGCCGCUCAAUAUCACUUUCUUAAGGGCGCCUUCUCAUGCUUUGUUAAAGGUUGAUGUCCCUCUUGUCUUCAGAGGACAAGAUGUGUCUCCGGGACUAAGAAAAGAUACCUCAAGGGCACUCACUCCGCUGGAUUAUUUUAUCCAUCCUCAAGUAAUCUUCAACUGGUUGCUUAGUCAGAUAGUUAUUGGGCCUCUUGUCCCAAAACCAAAUGUAGCUUAACUGGCUAUUGAAUUUUUUUGGGCUCUUCACUUAUUUCUUGGAAAACAAAGAAACAAGACAUCAUUUCUCGGUCUUCUUGUGAAGUUGAAUAUUGCAGCAUGGCCAAUACUAUUCGUGAACUUAUGUGGCUCACUUAUCUUUUCUCUGAUCUUCAAUUACAUCUCCAACUUCCCAUUCCCUUGUGGUGUGACAAUAAAUCCGCCAUGCAUAUCACCGCCAACCCCGUGUUCCAUGAAAGAACAAAGAAUAUCGAGAUUGACUGUCAUAUUGCUCGCAAGAAAUAUAAGAAUGGUUUUAUUUUGCCGCAGUACAUUUCCAUUCAUGCAACUUGCUGAUAGUUUGACCAAGUCUCUUAGCUUGCCUCAAUUCAAUGUCAUAACUUCCAAGUUGGGUUUUGCUUGAGCCUCAUCAAACUCCAACUUGAGUGGGGGAUGUUAUUUGUAUGUUUUUAGUUUCUGUUAUAUUUUUUUCUGGUUUUUUGUAUCAUUCCAUCAUCACAAUGCUCACAAUUAGGAAGUUUGUUAUUUUCUAGAAUGAGCUUGACAUAUUCUAGAAGCUGAGGUGUUUUCAUUUCAUUGAACUAUUUUGUUAUACCUUCUGGUAUGUAAUCACCCUCUCGAAUGUAAAACAUUCUCAAGAUCAAUAAGAUUUUUUCUUUGUUUUUCUUCAUUGAUCUAAUACUUUUCUUCAAGCCGUUUACAACUUGUACAGACCUCCAAAGAUUAAAUUUGAUGUUAAUUUAUUAGACUAAAAUUUCACCAGAAAAUGACUUUUCAAGUAAUAAUAUAGUGCUAUCCAUUGAGCUUCUGUUAUAUUUUUUAUUGGCUAAUAAUUUCUUUUUCAAAAAAUAGUUAUCAUUUUUCUUCCUCAGAAGUAUGCUAAAAUUCUUUGGAAAAACUGUUAUUUCAAUUUUGAUUGUUUUUGAAACCGAAGCUGUCUUAUAACUAACUAGAUUCAUCAAUUUAUACCUUCCUGCAUGACGUACCUAACCCACUUGAAGUUUUGUUUUACUUCAGCAACAUAUGCUCUUUAAAUCUAAUUCAAGAAUCUCC